GGCUGCACAUUAAUUGAAAAAAAAAUAGUUGAUUGAUAAAUGAAAGCAGGGAAACUGCGAUGGCUGGUGAAUUAUGUAGGUUGGCAUUUUCGUUCCAAUUUACAUUUGUGAUAUACAAACAUAUCUACCAGUUAUGAUUGAUAUCUGCAUGCUACUUACAGAUUUUUGGGAAAUGUGUUAGGGUUCAAACUGAAGAAUGUUCAGGGGCUUUUCUGAAAGCAUCCAUGCACAGAGCAAUCCUUCCACCAUCUAUUGUAAUUAACAACAUGGGAAGCGUGUUUGUUUAUCGGAUGCAGAAAGAACCACGAGUCGUAAAAUCGAUGGGAUCAAUAACACCAUCCAGAGCAGUAACAGCAGCAGCAACAGGGCGCAGCAGCUGUUGCUUCAAACACGUUUUACUUGCAUAAAUGUCACUCACAACCACCACCUAACUUGCGAAUAACCCUGCCACAGCCCCAAAUCCCAAUUCUCUCCUCCCCAGUCCUCACAUGGUCCGGGGCUGGCAGGAAGUGGCAGGGUUGGGUGUGGGGGGAGGUGGUGAUUUCCUGCUGGGCUGAAGGGAAAAAAACUAGCGGUCUCCGAGCUAAAGUCAGCAUCAUCCACAACAGUCAAGCUCACAGCAACUACCCCCCAAGUGUAAAGCGGUGUACAACGGUGAAAAGAGUUGUUGUUUAGGCUCAAGCCGCUCGCUGCGUCAGAGCCGGAGUUGGCAACUUUUAAACGCAGAUAAGUUGCCCCGUGGCUCGCUUUUGUGAGAUAGGACGGACCGACUUUCAACGCAGUUGCCACCCGUACAGCUUGUCAACGGAUUACCGCUGCUUAAUCCCGUCCGCAGCAGCCACAGGUGACUUAAGGAGGUGAAGGUGAUAGUGUCAAGCAUGAGCUCAUCUAUCGGCAAUAACCUCUCCGAGCUGGACCGGCUGCUUCAGGAGCUCAAUGCGGCCCAGUUUAACUCUCCCCCAUCGCCGCAGAGAGACUGCCUCAUCUCCGCAGAUGGAAGCAAAGCCCUGGCCGUCGACUCCAGCCGUGGCUCGGCUCAACCUCACAGCAUGGACCCCAGAGUGAUGGAAUCGCAAGGCAGAGCGGCCACAGAGGGCCUUCAGGAACACGGCAGUGUUGGCGCCUCAGUGCCACCUCAGCAAGGUCCUCCCUCAUCUGCUCAGAUGUGCAAUGCUGUUCCAGUUCACCAACCUUCCCGAAUGUCUGCUUCCUCCGCCACCAGAGAGCUGGAUGAGCUCAUGGCCUGCCUUUCGGACUUCAAAAUACAGACCAAUUUUUCAGCACCCUCUGAUGAAUGUAUACCAGACGAUCUCUCUCUUCUCAAGACAGACCUCGCGUCCACUGACAAGAUUCUCUCAAACAUGAUAAGCACAUCUCAGCCGAAGAGAAGCAAACUGCAAAUGAAGGGCGUGAGGGAAAAUUCGGGGUCAGACGUGACCCUCUCUGCUAUGACUAAUGGUCUUAACUUAAAGGUUGACGUGCCAGACAUGCCAUCCACCUCUCCCAAUCUCUCCUCUCGAUCUUCCAGCCCCCUUGAAGUUCUCUGCAUUAACGAAGAGGCCCUAUCACUUGACCUUUCAACCUCUGACAUAAAUAGCUCAUCAACUGUGAAUGCAUUUCCUCUUACUCUCAAUAAAACUAAAGACAUAUAUAAUGGACAUAAUGAGAGCUCAGUGUACACUACGCAAAGGAAGGAGAUUCAGUGGGUCGCUCAAAAGAAAGCCCCCUCAAAACAAUUGGAUCAUAAAGAACCACAGAAGGUGAAGGAAAGCAAUUGUGGUGAUGUCAUUUGUGAUGUGCAGUCAAAAAAGAGCUCACAAAAUGAGCUCGUGUUGUCAUUGACAGCUUGGGAACUUCCCCUAAAUUCAAAAAGCAUGGACCCAGCAAAGCCAAAUGUUCCAUACACUAUCAAAACAGAUCAGUCAUCAAGACAAUAUUUUGCUGAGAAGACAGCUGAACAAGGCAUCGACAUGCUUUCCAAUAAAAUACUAGAGUCAUCAAGUAUUGAUGGCCCAGGGAAUAAGAUUCAUUGUAUUACCGAUUCCAUAACCACUGGAAAUAAAUGGCAGCAAAGCUUACAAGAAAGCCAAACUGCAGCAGUGUUACACAUUUCAGAUACCACAGUGACAAAGUGUUUGUCUUUUGAACAAUUGGAAGACAAAAGUUCUGCACUUGCAAAGCUCCUGAAUCCUGGUGGUUCUACAUCCAACAUCCCUCCACUAUCAGAGUCUCAAUCCAGCAUGGUUACACAGAACCCGGGGCCUACAUUGACUGGUUUCAACCAAAUAUCGGCAGUACCAUCAGAAGGUGGUGUUAAUUCCCCGGCCAAGGCUGAGUCACAAAUAGUUUUCUCAGAAUUUCCAAAAAUGUACGUAAAUAAAAAUAGUGCUUCAACUGGAGAUGUGGCCGUCUUUAAAGCAACAGAUACUAGCUCUUUGUCAAUGGUUACAGAGCCAGCUACGGCGCUGGCUGAACUCUCGCAGGUGAAAAUUAACGAGCCACCAGAGAAAACAGCGGAGAUCCCUGCAAUGUCAUCUUGGCACAGUGUCACGUCGAAUGUCGUAAGUAGUCCACAAGGAACGACCGCGCUCUCUGUGACGAAACCAAGAGAAAGGGCCAAAGUAUCAAGUCUUCCAUCUGUUCCGCUGGAAGCACAUUCUCCAUCCAAAAUGGAUGUUCCACAUGCUCAGGCCUUGAAAACGCUCUGCACCGAGUCAAAACACGUUUUUCCAACUCCAGUGGACACCAUUAACAUUGGAGGAGAGGUGGUAGCUUGUUUGAUUAUAGAUGGCAAAGCUGAUCCUACAGGCACUCCGGGGAACACAAGAAAGGACGAAAAGGAGAAUGUUCUUUAUGAUUCUGGGCAUGAGGCAGCAGGAGAUGCUGUGGUGAUCAAAUCCGAGUCCUUUGAUUUUCCUCCAACUCUGCCUCCCGAGGGCAUCAAGAAGGUUUCUGCAUCUCAGCAGAUUAAGUUUGUUAUUAAGAGAACCAAAGAGACAACCAAUAUUCAUCCAAUGUACAAUAGUAAGCAACCCAGAAGGCGCAUGGGACCUGUGAUCUACAAUAAGUCGAUGAAACAGGACAAAGUCAUACAGGAGCUGCAGAGCAGGCUGGGCAUCUUCAAGAAGGAAGGGGAAGAAACCAAGAAACCGGUGGACGAGUGGCUCACCGAGGGGGUUAUCGUUAUGUCUGAACCUAUAUUGGAACAAAAGAAAAAAGAAAUGCCUUUACAAAGGAACCCUCCUGGUGUCACGAUGUUCUCAAAAGCUUGUUCUCCUCUUCAAACCCGAAAAGUCCUAUUUGCUCCUGCUUUCCCUCCUCCUCUUCCACCAACUCCACCCCCACCUCCACCCCUACCACCACUUCCUCCACCGCGUCAUCAACCGUCACCGCCACCCAUCUCCAAAGCGGAGCCACAGUUGCCACCGCCACCGAUGCCAUCAGAACCGCCGACCCCUCCGGAGCGUGCUUACCAUCCACACCUGGAGCCCAGAUCACCAACACCACCACCACCACCACCGCCACCGCCGCCACGUGAAUCGCCAGAAUUGGCCAAAGUUAUGCUUCGUCUGGGCCACAUCGAGGCCCCAUCUCCGGCCGAACAACAAAUCACAGCUGAGCUGGACUCCUUAUUGCUGCAACUGCAACAGCCUUUGGUGUUCCCAGCUACGAGUGUCAGCAGAGCACCCCGAGCCAGCGUGUCUGUUGGCUGCCAGACUGACAUCCCCUUUGAUGAAUCACCACAGGCGCGGUCACCUACCCAGGAGGUCCAAUUUACAUAUCAUGAAACCAUGCCUGCUCCUUCCUAUUCAACUGUUGAAAAGCUUCCAGAGAUAGAUCUCAGCGACGCUUUACCAUCUCCUAAACUCCAUUCUCCCCCCCCUCCUCCACCACUCAUUCCAAAACGCCAGGUGGCACCGCCGCAGCCAGCACCGCAGCCAGCGCCACAGCGGGAGCCCCAAGAUCCUCAGCCAGCUGCGACCCCACCGCAAAAGCCUCCCUUGCCAGCCCUUCCACAGCAGGGCAGCAGGCAGCUGGACAACAUGCUGGGCAGCCUACAGUCAGACCUAAACCGCCAGGGUGUCCCUAUCGUGGCGAAGGGGGUGUGCGCCGCUUGCCGCAAGCCGAUCGUUGGGCAGGUGGUGACCGCGAUGGGGCGCACGUGGCACCCCGAGCAUUUCGUGUGCGUCCACUGCCAGGUGGAGAUUGGCUCGCGCAACUUCUUCGAGAAGGAUGGGCAACCGUACUGCGAAGAGGAUUACCACAGCCUCUUCUCGCCCCGCUGCGCCUACUGCAACGAGGCCGUAAUGGAUCGAGUGGUGACAGCCUUGGAUCGAACUUGGCAUCCUGAACAUUUUUUUUGCGCACAGUGUGGCCGGCCGUUUGGAGAAGAAGGUUUUCAUGAGCGAGAUGGAAAGCCAUACUGCCGGCAAGACUACUAUGGGAUGUUUGCGCCCAAGUGUAAUGGCUGCAGCCGUGCGAUCAUGCAGAACUACCUGUCUGCCCUCAACACCGUGUGGCAUCCUGAGUGCUUCAUCUGUCGGGAGUGCUUCACGCCCUUCAUCAACGGCAGCUUUUUCGAGCACGAGGGACAGCCCUACUGCGAGGUGCACUACCACGAGCGCCGCGGCUCGCUCUGCUCCGGUUGUCAGAAGCCCAUCACGGGCCGAUGCAUCUCUGCCAUGGCCAAGAAGUUUCACCCCGAGCACUUUGUGUGCGCCUUCUGUCUCAAGCAGCUGAACAAGGGAACCUUCAAGGAGCAGAACGAGAAGCCUUACUGCCAGCCGUGCUUUAUAAAGCUAUUUGGUUAAGAGUCGGGACGUGAUGAUAUUUUGGAGGAGGCAAAUAUAGUGCAGUAUAAGGGGGGAAUGAUAUUUGAUUGGGGAAGGAGAAUGGGGCAAGUGGUUUUGUACAGAUGUGGGUUGCCCCUAUUUCGAGUAUUAGCUCUGGUCACAGGCAUUUGUGUGAAUAGAUUGCAGUGACUCAAUAAAGGAUAUAAGCCAGACAUGCACCAAUUUCAGAUUUCUCUACGGAUGGGACAUGAGAGUCCAGCACUUGUCAACUUGCUUUGCCCGGCUUGCCUGCUGCUGCUGCUACCACAGAGGGCCUUGGUUACUUUGGCUCAAACACGGGAAUGAAAUUGCACAGCAUAGCCCUUUGCCAUAUUUUUUAUUCCAAAUACUGUGCUAUAUUUUUGAAAUACGUUUUUAUAGAACAAUAUAUUCAAACAUAAAUUAUAGAUACACAUAUUUUAAAUCUAAAAUUGGAACCAUUAUCCACAUAUUAGCUCAUUCAACAUUUAUACUCUUAAAGCAUGGUUCACAUAAUGUGCUUGCUCGCACAGAAGGGGCUUUUUUGUACUUUUCAUUAAAACAUACCGCAGGUACCAAAUCUUCAUCAAAACUACCCUCGUAUCACCAAGCUCCAGCUAUCGCCUGCUCUUCGUGUAUUUAAAUGCUAUAUAUAUUUUUACGAGAUAAUGAGAUGGAUAUGGAUGAUUAUGGAAUGUUAUAAUAAUGCCUUUGGUGUUAUUAAUUGUUCUGCCACUGCCUGAUGAAAAAUAAAAUAAAGUACGCCCACCAUCAAUCUUACAUUUAAAUAUCCACCUUGCGGUUACAUUUAUCUUGCAAGAAAGGAAUAAUUAGAAUACAUUAUUUAUAUUUUAUGAUUCAGUGUCAGAUACAUAUACCGGACUAUAAAUAGUAAGCAACUGCCCUUAGUAAUAUAUAUUUUUAUGCAUCGCCUGUGGCCAUAUUUAUUUACGAGAAAACAAUUUAUUAACCACACAUUUUCUCAGAAAUACAAUACUCCCAACUUAUCAGUCAAUGAAAGUGCAUGCUGUCUGAACAAUGAAUACCAUUUUUGUAUAUUAAAUAGUGUUAACCAAUUUGCGGGUUUCAUAUGCUUCUUUGGAGAUAAAAAUCAUUUUGUUAAUUGCAGUCUUCUCAUGUGUAUUGUUAACAAAUGCUGGGGCCAUAAGUUUGAACGAGGGAGGUGUGGUGAGGUGUGUAAGUCACAUAGUAUAUACGAUUUUUUAAAAAUUGAAAUAACCUGCUAAUACAUAGUACCAAAUUAAAUACUUCCAGUUUGAUCUUCGAUCAAAAUUCUGCAUAAAAAACAUACGGCUGUAACAUGCCAUUCGUUUGCCGACUUAUCUAGUACCAUCACGAUUUAAGCUCCUUAUUAAUUGUUCUCAAAUGGAUUAACAGCACAGUUCUAAUGUACUUCUAAAAUAACUACACUAGUUGCUCACCAUGGUGCUUUCAUACAAUAAGCAAGGGCUAAUUUGAACGGACAUCUUUUAGGACAUUGUAUUUUACAUUUUAGAAAUUAAACAUCUCACCCAGCAGGCAGUCCUUUAGAUACUCAUAAGGAGGAAACAGCAUUUGCAAGAACUGGACUGAGCACAACACAACAGUUACACGCCCAUUUGAAUACUGCAUGUAUUGCUGAUCAUUAUUUAAAGUCGUUAUCUUUCUGCUGCUGGACGAAGGCAUCCCCAAGUCGUCUCCAUUAUUUGUGAUGUCACUGAAGAGCCCUUGUGUAACAUGUGUGAAUUUUGUGCAUACUGCGGACGUCGGAAGAGAAUAAGCAAAACAAUGUUACCGAGUCAUGAUCAUUUCAAGAGACCUCGAAUUAAAUCAAAUUUAGUUUGUUACAGUGUGAUUUACCAGGUUUCCCCCCCCCCCAUAGUUCGAAUGAGCUUCAGGCACUAAGCUCUAAAUCUUUCAUGGAAUUCUUUCUCAAACUAGAAGCUUGUACAAGUGUACGUUGUUUGCAAGAUCGCAUGCUGGGUUUGUGGAGCUAUGGAGAGGAGCAUAGCUUUCUUGCUUUGUGACAGUGUACAAAAUGUCCUCUUGUCAUAAUCUAACAUUCAAACAUGUUUAUCAUAGAAUUAAGGACACAUUGUAAUUGCUGGUGUUUAACAGUAACAUGUUCAAUCGUUAUUUAUAAAAAAAAAGGAAAUGUUGCAACUAAAUACAAAACAGGUUUGGUAUUUUUACAACAAAAAAAAAUUCACCAUAUGGUACGAGUAGGUUUUCAAACUUACAUUGGCUAUGAAAGCAAACACAAUGGUAUUGCCUCAGUAUUUUAUAGCUAUUAAACAUAGGAAUGCUAUUUUUGCAUACAUGUACUGCAAAGUGACACGUUUAGAUAAGUAAAAUGUAUUCUACGUCUUUAUUUGACUAUUUUUGAUUCUUAAAUGUUUACAAAUAAAGUACCUUUGAGAUAUUC